ACAACAACAACAACUACAACAUAAUUCAUCUAAAGGAUUAAUUUAUUUAUUACCAUUAGCAGCAGCAUCAUUUUGUGGAUUAUUUCAUUUUCACUUGUAAAAUCUCUUUCACACACACACACACAAACUCUUUUCUUUUCCUUUUUUAAAAUAUUUUUCUUCACCGAACCCUGAUAAAACUUCCUUUUUCGCCUUAAGAAAAAGAAGUUUUAAACCUACAAAAUUAUCAACAUUUUGCCUUUACAUUUGGAUACCAAAUUCUCACCAUCCACGAUGGACUUGGCGUCAGCCACUGACAUCAUGGCACCCGGUAGUGUUGUCAAUGCCAAUUGCCAAUAUUCGACCAGAUAUUGCUGGGAAGCCGAAAAAGUCAAAUCUUUGAUCAGAUUACGUGCCGAGCUAUCACCACUAUUCACAGGCAAAAGAAAUGCCUCAAAAUAUGCCUGGGCCGUUGUUGAACGUGAGUUAAAUGUUCCACUGCCUUUGUCGAAAAUAAUCAAAAAAUGGAACAAUCUAUUGCAGGAAUACAAGGCUAUAAAAAUGUCCGAAGAGCCCAAACGUCGCGAAUGGCCUUUUUUCACCUUGAUGGAUGUGUACUUCAGCGAUCAGGUCAAUGAUCCUUCUUUGCGUUUGUUCUCCUCUACCAAAACCCUUAAAGAGACCAUUGAUGACAGUGUGUUCGAGGAUGAUCCAAUUAUUGCCUCGGCCAUUGCGGCGGCUACCUCGGGAGCCUACAUGAAUAUAGAUGAAUUGGUUAGACGUCAAAAGGAGCGUGCGGCCAAUGAGAAGAAAUUCGCCAUGAGCGAUUAUAAAUAUGACAUGAAACCCAUGUUGGCCAAUAACAAAUUCAACAGUAAUGAAGCCAUCAAAUUGUCCAAGAGUGUGGAUGACUUGAGCAUGCAACAGUAUAAGAUUAAAGAUGAACUUUUGAGACAACGUGAACAGGAACAACAGGACAAUUUGGCCAAAUUGAAACAACAGGCACGACAACAUCAUCAGCAGCAACAGCAGGCCGUGGUGGCAGCUGCCCAACAGCAACAACAACGUUUUCUACAACAGCAGCAGCAAGCCGUCCAACAGCAACAGCAGCAGCAACAACAGCAUCAUGCUCAUUUGGUACCACAGGCCGCAGCCACACCAACACCGCCGCCGCCCACUAGUUUACAUGCUGCUCUGCAACAGCAACAACAAAAUCUACUACAUCAUCAUCAACAGCAGCAGCAGCAACAACAACAUCAACAACGUCAACAACAACAGCAGCAGCAGCAAUUGCAACAAGAGCAAGAACGUCGUCGUGAAUUACAGAUGCAUCAUUCACCACACAUCACACCACAAACCUCACCCUCUGCAGCUCAGCAGCAGCAACAACAACAACUCCAUCAUCCUCAACAAUCACCAUCCACACCAACACCCACCACCACCGCUCAACAGAUCCACUUACAGACGGCCCAACAUCAAGCCGCCCAACAGCAAUUGCAACAGCAACAGAAGCACUCCCAACAGUCCUUUACCGAUCCCAACACUAUCGAUCAGUACCUGCUGUCCUGGAACAAUUUCCAUGGUAACAUGUGUCGUGGCUUCCAUACUCUGCAAAAAGAUGAGAAAAUGGUGGAUGUGACUAUAGCUGCCGGAGGCAAAAUCUUCAAGGCCCAUAAAUUGGUUUUAUCCGUUUGCAGUCCUUAUUUCCAACAGAUCUUUUUGGAAAAUCCCUCCAGCCAUCCCAUUUUGUUAAUGGCCGAUGUUGAGGCCAGUCAUAUGGCCGGUUUGUUAGACUUUAUGUACAGUGGUCAGGUCAAUGUAAAAUAUGAAGAUUUACCGGUUUUCCUUAAAGUGGCUGAGGCCAUGAAAAUUAAGGGAUUGCACACAGAGAAAAACAUGGAUGACGACAACAAGGACAGCAACUCUUCACUCGAUAACGAAUCCACCGAAUGUCACUUUGAACGCGGAACCCACAGUGUCAACAUCACCGGACAAGGCUACGAUCCCAGAAAAUCUCUACACGACUCACACACCAUGAACGGCGGCGGUCCGUCUCUGAACAAUGGCAGCAACAACAGCAGCACCAGCACCGUGACACCAUUGCCCGUACAGACUUUCUCCUCAUUCCGUGAUCACAUCAAAUCGAAGGCUACUUUGGCCGAAACCUUUAUGAAAAAUCUCAGUCGUAAUAACAAUAAUUGCAGCACCAACAACUACAAUCACUUACCCAACAGCAAUAGCAUAGGGGAGGCCCUCAACAAGGACAGCUAUAAUAUUUUACAGGCCAACAGCAAGAAACUAAUGGAUUCGGCACGUAAACAGCAUAAAUAUUUGGCCAAACGCAAGAUUCUAAUGCACUACAAUGAGGAGUUGAAUGAGAAACGGCUAAAGGAAUUAGAACGCUUUGGAAUGGAACAUGAUGCUAAUAAUAAUCAGGAAAUGAACAUACCCGAAACUGUGCCACAACAUAAUAACUUCAAAAUACGUUUGAUGGAAAAUCACCUGAAGGCCAAUCAAGAACAGCAGCAGCAACAACAACAGCAGCAGCAGCAACAACAACAGCAGCAGCAACAACAGCAGCAACAACAAAAUAGCAAGAACAAUCAUGCGGAUCCGGCUGAAGAAGAGGAGGAAGCUUUAAAUUUAGUGCAAAAUAAUUCUCAUGAUUUUCACAAGAGCGAAACGAAAUUGAUACGAGAACCCAGUGAUGUUUUGCAAAUUGUGGAGAACGAACCACUCGAAAUGGAUCAGACCUCGGAAUCGGAUGAGGCCAGCAUAAAUAAUGGUGCCCAGCUUAGGGAUGAGGAUGACAUUAACAACAACAAUCCCAGCAAAAAGGAGGCCAUGGAAAUUGACAACAACAAUAAUACGAAUAUGAAAAAUAUGGCCUUGAUCAAUGCCAUCAACAAGAAACAUGAUUAUCAAACCCACACAGCCACAACAACGACACCGGCAACAGCCACCACCACCAGCACAACGGCCAAUGAGGAAACGGAACCGCAAACCAUGGAACACAGUGAUCAAGAGACAACCCAGCAUCAUCACCAGCAACACCAUCACCACCAUCAUCAUGGCGACAGUGAAGAUGACAACAACAAUAACAACAAUGACAGCAAUAACAACAAUCAUCUACAAUUGGAUUUGAGUACGGUGAAGAGCAUAGCGACCGCCGAGAUUUUGUGUGGCCUCAAGAGUAAAGUUUUCAAAAUGGAGGCAAUUGAGACAGCCGAAACACAGUGUCACAAUCUAAGUGAGAUCAAACAAGCUGAAUGAUAUU